AUGUUUGAUAAUAAUUCAUAUGAUAUUUAAUGCACAAUUCAUGGAAAUCAUCUAAUAAUUUAAUUGGAUGCUGAUAAUUUUGAAAAUUUUGAUAUGAAUGCACUUGAUAAUGUAAUAUAUUUAAAUAAAAGAAUUAUUUCUUUUAAGUAACAGAAUUAAGAUCAGUACCACCAGAUACAUGUCCAUUAAAGUGUAUUAAUUCAUUCAAUAAAUUUGUUUAACAUCUAAUUUUUCCUUUUUUGAAUUAGAUCCAGAUUAAAUUAAACUUUCUCAUCUAACAUCUAGUCUUUUAAAUAAAUAUCAAAAAUAAUGGAUUUUUGAAGAAGAAUGCUUAAUUUUGGUAGUCACUAUUGACUAAUUCAUACUUAGAUUAAUUAUUAUUCGUUAGUAAGAUUAGGGAUAGAUUGAUUUAGAAUUUGAUUCAAGCUCAUUAGAUUUAUUUUUUGAUUCAUACUUUCAUGAUGAAUAUGAAAAGGAAUCUGUUCUAGUAAAUGAUAAAUAUUAUUAAUCAAUCUUAAAAAUAAUUCUAAUCCUUUUCAAAAAAAGUCACACAUUAAGAUCAAAGCUUAAGUAUUAUAUUAAUUUGA